AUGGCGUCAUUUCUUCGGCGGUUAGCUUUGCCUGGUCGGACAUGGCAGCCUCUUAGCUUCUCCAACCCCAACUUCACGCGAAUCCCAUCAACAGAGAAGAUAGAGGAGGAGCUCUUCCCCGACUACAUUGCAUCGCGUUACUAUCCGGCUCGUAUUGGAGAAGUCCUCAGAGAUCAAUAUCAGAUUGUUGGCAAGCUUGGAUUCGGAGCGAGUUCCACGGUUUGGUUGGCACGCGACUUGCUAGGUCGUCGGCAUGUAGCACUGAAGCUAUUCAUAAAUGCAAAGUCUCUAGGCGGGCAGCUGGAUCACGAACUCACAAUGUACAAGCGAAUUUCGGCAUCGUCCCCAAAGCAUCCCGGUCGCGGUGCUGUUAGAGAACUUCUCGACUCCUUUGACGUUGCUGGCCCAGAUGGAUGCCAUCGGUGCUUGGUUCAUCCUCCGCUGUGGGAGAGCGUAUUGACUUUUCUUCGCCGCAACCCAGUGAUGAGACUGCCUGCACCUGUUCUCGUCUUUGUCCUUCGCCGCCUCUUUCUUGCUUUGGACUUUUUGCAUAGCGAAUGCCGGAUUAUCCACACAGAUAUAAAAGCCGAUAAUAUCAUGUUUGGUGUCAAUGACGACUCAGUGUUUAGUGCAUUCGAGGGGCAGGAGCUGCGCGACCCGUCUCCGCGAAAGGAGGUGGACGGUAGAGUCGUUUAUACGUCACGCGAGCUCCAAAUGCCCAAGAAUUGGGGCGCUCCCGUACUUUGUGAUUUUGGCUCGGCCGUUGCCGGAGAUGUAGAGCAUUUUGAAGAUGUACAGCCUGAUAUAUACAGAGCACCUGAAGUCAUCUUGGAGGCACCGUGGUCAUAUGAAGUCGACAUAUGGAACACCGGUUGCAUGAUCUGGGAUCUCUUUGAAGGUCAACACUUGUUUACGGGUUUCGACCCAGAGCAUCAGACCUACCGGAGCAGGGCGCAUCUUGCUGAGAUAACUGGCUUGCUUGGACAGCCUUCACAGGCGCUUCUCCGUGCGGGAAGGUCGAGCCAUAAGUUCUUCACGGAGAAAGGAGAUUUGCGUGCAGAUAUUCCCCUCCCUGAUAGCAUAUCGCUGGAGGAGAAAGAGACUAGUCUGGAAGGUGAGAGUCGAGAGAAGUUUCUCGCCAUGAUGCGCAAAAUACUCCAAUGGGAACCUUCGAGGCGUUCCUCAGCAAAGGCGCUCGCUGAUGAUGAGUGGAUAAUGGGGAACAUGUAA